AUGCUACACGAUUGUGAAGAGAACAUGUGCCGAGGACUAGUAGGAGAACAGUGCCUCACACUUAUCACCUGUGGAAGGCGGGGCUCCAGCAAGGCGUGGAUUGUCAGGCAUUCUCUGGGUGGCCCCUUCCCCACCACGUCUCACCGCUGCCACCAUAAGCCCACCAAGAGAUGUCUCCCUAUCCAGCAGUGUGGGGGCAGCAGGUCCUCCUUUCCCCUGCUCUUCCACCCUAGUGCCAAGGGCUCCCAGAUCGUCAUGGACAUGGCCCAGAGGACCGUCAAGAGACAGGCCAGCUUCUGUAACGCCAUCACCUUCAGCAACCGGCCCAUUGCCCUGUUCGAGCAGGUCCGCCUCAAGAUCACUAAGAAGCAGUGCUGCUGGAGCGGAGCCCUGCGUCUGGGCUUCACCUCCAAGGACCCAUCCCGCAUCAACCCAGACAACCUUCCUAAGUACGCCUGCCCAGACCUUGUCUCACAGAACGGAUUCUGGGCCAAGGCCCUGCCCGAGGAGCUGUCCAACGAGGGCAACAUCAUCUCCUUCUGGGUGGACAAGAAGGGCCGGGUCUUCUACCGUAUCAUUGACUCUAGCCCCAUAUUGUUCUUCUGCGGGGUCCAUGCCUCCGAGCCACUCUGGGUUCUCAUAGACGUCUACGGCCUGACACGAGGGGUCCAGCUACUGGACAGUGAGAUGGUGCCUCUCGACUGCCUGCGUCCUCACUCCUUCACCGCGGCCCACCGGGCGUCCUUAUGGCGGGACACAGACGACCCUCGCCUUUCUAUCAGACUGUGUGACCUUCGCCACCAGCAGCAGGAGGAAGAGGAGCGCCUGCACCCCUUUAGCUCCACCUCCUGUUCCAUCCCCCAGAACUCCCUCAACUCCCAGCAGUGCUCCCUGCUCCCCUCGCUUCUUGACAGCGAUCUCCACUUCCACCCACUCCGAGGUGCCAACGUCAAAGCCCUCGAUGAGAACACGGUGACCCGGGGCGUGGAGCACCGCAGCGGUGACGAGAGGACCUUGGUGUUCACCAGCCGGCCACUGGGUUGUGGAGAGAGUGUGUUUGUGAAAGUGACCAAGGCGGGUGGCACUCGUCUCGGGUCACUCUCCUACGGCAUGACGUCGUGCGACCCGGCCGGGCUUCGGCCCAAUGACCUGCCAUACAGCCCGGAGUCUCUGGUCGACCGCAAGGAAUUCUGGGCGGUGUGUCGGGUAGGGACGCCCCUGCAUAACAGUGAUAUCCUGGGUUUCGGGGUGAACGUGGAGGGGGAGGUAUUUCUUAGCCUCAAUGGGAUCAACGCGGGGAUGCAGGUGUGUGUGGACAACUCCAGACCUCUAUGGAUGUUCUUUGGUCUGCAUGGAGACGUUACACAACUCAGGAUCCUAGAGUUAAGGGAUUAUGACAAGUGCAUCAAGUGA